AUGGACCAAUCGGACGAAGAAAGUAAUACGAAAAUGGGAGAAGGGUGUUGUUUAUGGUCGAUAGCAUCGAACAUCAUCACGUACUCGGUGCUGGCAUGGGCAGGCGUCCAGUUUUCCCACCUAAUAAAAAGGCUCUUCAUCCACGGCUUUGGUUCCUACCCCUCUUUCACCUCCUAUGGGACCUGGGCAGUGGUGACGGGAUGCACGGACGGGAUCGGGCUCAGCUACGCGAAGGAGCUGGCCCGACGCGGAAUGAAAAUCGUUUUGAUCAGCAGGAAUCCCAAGAAGCUUGAAGCUGUCGCUCUACGUCCCAAGCUCUUGAAUUCCCAAUCAGAGGAGCAAUUCGAUACGGAGACCCUCAUGAUUCCGGCCGACUUCACGGAGCUGGACAUCUACGAUGGGAUAAAGGAGAAAGUGGCAGGCCGGGACAUCGGUGUCCUGGUGAACAACGUGGGGAUGGCGAGCGACCCCCAGCCCUUCCUAGAUGUCCCGGAGGGCGAGAAGACGUUCCAGGACAUGCUCCUGGUCAAUAAUAUGUCCAUGGUCCGAAUGACCCACAUGAUCCUUCCUGGGAUGGUGAAGAAGGGAAAGGGGGUCGUUAUCAAUGUCUCCUCUGUUGCUGGCAUCUCCCCGGUUCCUUUCAUGACAACCUACUCGGCAACAAAGUUCUCCCGAACCUCCUUGAAUAAGGUUGAAAAGUUUGUCUUGUUUAUCACUUUAACAAUACGGAAAGACGUGACGAGGACGAGGGGGAUCGAAUACCAACGAAGUAGCAAGAAUCUGGACUCAAAGUUCGUGUACACGAAGAUGGCUGACAAAUUCUUGGAUCGACCGGGUUUGACAGCACCGACUCCGGAUACCUUCGUUCGAUCCGAUCUGCGCUCCAUCCCCAAAAUCCAAGUUACUUCCGGUUAUUGGUUUCAUAACCUCAUGAGGGAGGCUUCGCGUUUUGUGAAUUACGUUGCACCUCAGGAGAUGACGAACAUGAUUGGACGGCACGUGACAUCGGAAAUGGAGAAGAACAAGAAGAAACACAAGAAUCAAUAAUCGGAUUCUUGAAUUCAUUCCUCUCUCUCUCUCUCAAGACAGAGAGAGAGAGAGAGACGGAGAGAGAGAUAUCAUCACAAGAUUCAUCUGAAUACAGAAACUUUGCUUGAGA